GUGAUGGUGGUGUAAUAAAUCUAGUUCCGCAUUCCAUGGAAUCAACCAACUAAAAAGCAUUGAGUAUUGCUAUUUGCGUCGGAUUUCAGUAUCAAAUAUAUUAUACGCUGAUCGAUCUCCAUAGAUUGGUAUCUGAUCACGGGAUUUAUCCAACUAUUAACGUCGCCUCUGAAAUCAAGCGUCUCCCGUGGGACCGCCCCCUUUCCUUUCUCCUCGGGAGCGCGGCAUUGGAAAGAGAGGCGCCGUGCCCGCGCUUUACGUCUCUGGUUAGUGUACUGACAGCCAGCUGUGCGAUUAGAACGACAACAAUCUCCGGGAUUUGAAAAAUCCAGCCGUUUAACUCGACACGUAUUGUUUGGGAAGAACACUUUUAGUUGACAGAUAUAUAUAUUUUUUUGUUUAAUUUAUCCAACUAGACAGCAUUCCUCAAACAUGAAUCCGUCGUGUGGCAGAUGUGGCACAAUCGUGUACCCCACGGAAAAAGUGAAUUGUCUGGACAAGUACUGGCACAAAGGAUGCUUCAGCUGUGAGAUCUGCAAAAUGACUCUAAACAUGAAGAAUUACAAAGGCUUUGAAAAGAGACCAUACUGCAAUGCACACUACCCCAAGACAAACUUUACCUGUGUGGCCGACACUCCCGAGAACCUCCGCCUCAAACAGCAGAGCAAGAUGCAGAGCCAGGUGCAGUACAAGGAGGAGUUUGAGAAGAACAAAGGGAAAGGUUUCAGUGCUGUGGCCGACACGCCGGAGAUGCAGAGAAUCAAGAAAACGCAGGACCAUAUCAGCAACAUUAAGUACCAUGAGGAGUUUGAGAAGAACAGGAUGGGAGGAGAAAUCCCAUCUCCCCAGCCCAACAGCCCCAAUCCAGUGUUCCAGCAGCCCCACCAGCCCCCUGCUGCGUCUAAGAACUCCAGCUAUGAGCCAGCAGCGGCUCCUGGCCCAGUCCGCCAGGCGGCCGCCGCCCCCCCUCCCAGCUCCGGGAAGCGGUACCAGGCGGUGUAUGACUAUGCGGCAGCCGACGAAGACGAGGUGGGCUUCCUGGAGGGAGACGUGAUCGUGGACGCGCAGGUGAUCGACGAGGGCUGGAUGUACGGCCGCGUGGAGCGCACUGGCCAGCAGGGCAUGCUGCCUGCUAACUAUGUCGAGGCCAUCUGAUCUGAGAAAGAGAAGUGUGGGAGGGAGGGAGAGAAGCAAAUGAAAAGCCCAGUGCCAUCUCAUCUUAAUGCCGCUUUCUAUUUCUUUCACUCGUUCUCUGAUCUGUACUGUAAGACUGCCCCCCCCCCCCCCGGUCUGCUCGCCAACGACAGACUCCCCCUCUCUGUCUCUGUCUGUGUUGCAGUCUGUCUGAAUGUCUGUUUGUCUGCCUGUCUCUGUCCCAAUUCUUCAGUCCACUAAAAAAGCAGUCACAAGUGGAAUUUAAGUCUUACAGAAGUAACAUACCUCCAUCUUACAGGCUAUAUAUACGUCAGGGGUCAUAGUGUAUCACAACUCUCCUAGCUACAGCACUUCAUUUUCCAGCAAACUAUGAUGCAAAACGAUAUGAACCCCCCCCCUUUGUCAAUCAAGUUGCCAUGACCGCAGAGAACUGAGGCCAAUGUGGUCAUGAGAAAAUGAGUUUGGAAUGUGGGUGUGGCAUCUUCAGAUUUUUAUUUUUUUUAACUGGUUGAAAUUGGUCUGACUGGAAGCUCAGUGUAUAAUCUUACUGUAUCUGGGCAGUUAGAACUAAGCUUGAAUAUUUGACUUGUGUACAUUCCAUUGACCAUCAAUACCCCAUUGUUGUCGCAUCAGCCAGUCAGUGAGCAGUCUACAGUAUCAGUCUUACCAGAGAGGUCUUAUAUAUUUCUAUAACUACACGUACGCAUUUAUCAAUAGUACUUAUCUGUUACCUCACCUGUCUUACCCUGUCCUGCACUGCAUUGUGGGUAUUGUUCUGAAACUAAACUGGAAUCCUAUCUUAACUGAAGAGCACCUCCUGCCUUGCCUUGUACCUCAAGUUCAGGCAUUUGAAGUACAGGAGGGAUCAGGGACGAGUUAGUUAGGGGACGUGGUUACAAUCUAAUUACAAUCAUGUCAUCACCUUAGUCAGUGGGUGUGAAGAUAUUCCUCAUUCUUGCUGUCUCCUGCUCGCAGCCUCAAAUGCCUCCCGACAGUCUUGCAGGAAGACGAGUGACGUAAUGGUUAUGGUUGGAGGGGGUCUGGGGAGGAGAGGGGGCGUGAUCAGGACAGGUCCUGCCCCUAUUCCAAGAUAACCAACAUCCGAGUUUAUCAAUCGUAGGCGCGAAGGCCAAACACAAUUCUGUAUUGUCAAUCUUUUCUCUUUUUUUUCUUUUUCUUUUCACUUGUUUAAACAUUCCAGUCCUUUAUGAGAAGUGUUGAAGGGGGGUCAGAAAUCCAGGCUGUGGUAAAUGUUGGUGUUUCUAUUUCCUGUCAUGCGGGUUUUCCCCCCCUUUGCUUUCGUUGGUAUUGUAAGAGGCUUAUUUUUUUAAAUGUCAAUGUAUCAAAUACGUUUCGGAAAUAAAACGGCAACUCCGAUCAAUGAGCCAAUAAGGCACGCUAGUUUGUCUAGACGUGUGCGUGUGCUGGGUUAGCAAUCCCACAGAUUUAGAUCCAUGGGGUAAAUCAACCUCCCGGGUUAUGUAUUUGCCUGAUUAUCGUCAACCCAAUUUGCCUGUUUUAUCGUGCCAACUCGUGACUGGACUAUCUCGCCCAGUUCUCUCUUUCUUGAAACUCUGAAGAGUGGAGAGCGAUGUUCUGGAGUGCCACUGGCUCAUGAAUAUUCACAUGCUCAUUAAUGAGCAGUCGUCAUGGCGCAUAGUAACAUUAGGCCCGCUCUCUCACCCGCAUUAUAGAUAUCCUCUGACAUUCUAUAGGCACACAUUUCCAUAGGACAUUCCCUACCUAUAAAGUGGCACGCCUGUGUUGCACAGAAAACUAAGAAAUGUUACGCAACAAUGACUUAACUUUCAUUGUAGUAGCUACGAGAUCUGUCUGGAUGUCCUAUCACGGUCAGAUUCUUCCAGUGCCGACGAUCGUUGUACAUUCCAUGUCCCGAGGGACCGUGUGAGGCUUGGAGAGGGACGCGGUUCAGUAGAGGGUGAACUCCACCUCCUCCUUGACCUCUUAAUUCUCCCCUUAUCUUUCCCACCCUACUGUUUCUUUCUCUUCUCUGAUGCACUGUGACUGUCACAGAUGAGGGGGACAAAGUGGGAUUAAAACAAAACGGUACGCUCAGCGUGUAGCCUGAUGGUGGUACUGUACAGUUGUUUUGGGUUGUAGGUGCUGGUGCUGGGGAGGGAAGGGGCAUUGCCUGCAGACUUGAGCUGUAGUGUGGAAUGAUUUUGAUCUAAUGAGGUGAAGGGCCGUAUAAAGGGUAAACGGUACCCGUUUUUAAUACCAGUGUGGUGGGGCGUGUUGGACAAUAAGUAGGUGUUGACCGUUCACAUCAUUUUGGCUUCAACGUUGUAACGUGAUGAGUUAUAACACUGAUGUUUAAAUUCAUUAGAAUGAACACAGCACACACCCCAACCCGACUAGAUAAUCAGAUUGCCAUGCUGAUAAAGAAGGUAAGUCUAGGCUGGCGUUUAGCAUCUAUGAUCUCUACUUGACAACUGGACAUUUUUAAACUCGUACACUGUAUGAAAGGGCAGCUUUGGGGCAGAGCUAUUUGAAGUCUCAUUUGCUUUGCAGCAGUAACUGGAGAAAGGGUGAGGAAGAGGUGGUUUGGCUUGACGUGAAUGGAGUGUUUGGAGUUUUUAUGAAUUUGGUUGGCCUUGUACAGUAUCUGCAGUCAAUGCCUCUCAAAAGAAAAUUGCCUUGGCUACUUGGAGGCUUUGGUUUGUUUUAUAGAUGUGGAAUAAACUAAGCCCACGUUGGCUGCCACAGCUGUUUUUCCUUUGCAGUGAUGUGGAUUUGUUUUAGUUGCUGGGGGGGGGGUUUAGGAGGGAGGUGAUUGAUUGGUGGUAGUUGGAGGGAAACCAAUCCAAAGUGGCUAAAGACAAGCCAAUGAUUUUUUUUUUUGUGUGUGACUUGAUAUAUAGACCACAAGGCGUAGACAAUAUUAUUGUACCAUGUUAUAGUCUGUAUUGAGCUGGAUGGGGCUAAGAAAGGGAUGCUGUUAAUGCAUAUUACUACCCCCAACCUGCGGGGGGGUAAAGAAAGACUUGGAAUCCGCCAGGAGACCAAGAAUAUUCUCUUCUGCUUUGGUAUUACUCCUACAACUCUGCAGUAUCAUAUCUCAUAUCACCACCUUGUUCUCCUCCUCCAAUGUAUGUGGUCAUAUCAGUCCUAUGGCCAAGAGUCCUCCAACCUUCUACCCCAAUUAAAGACUCCUAUGUCCUAUGCUUCUGAUGAAUCAACCAUUCCCUGCUUUUGUAUGAUACUGGUAUAGCAAGUGCAGAUAUAAAUCACAUCGACCAACCACAAACACUGACCUAGCAUUCAGACCGAUGUUGUGCAUUCCAUCAAAAAAGAUUUUGUUUUGAUAGCAUUUUUGUUAUUCAGAUUAUUAUUUUUUACAUGCAUAUAUUGACAUUCUUUAAAAAAAAAUCUGACUCCAGUUGAAUUUUAAGGAACUGAUAAAAGCAUCUCAUGUUGCCCUGUUUCAGCACUUCGAAUUGUACUUAAAUAUUCUACAGAUUCAAUAAAUUGUCAUUUUUA